AUGCUGACCGCAACUUCUACGCGGCUAGGCCUGCGCCAGGUUGUGCAAUGUCCGAUCACCUUUGCUGCGCCUCAGUGCCUCGCAUCGAUUCCCAACUCCGGACGCUGCUUCUCGACAAUACGCAUACCACAAUCGCGAGUAGCUACAUUGAAGCUCACAUCGCAAGCCAAGUGCCUUACAUCAUCUCCUUGCCGAACGCGCAAAGCGUCGACAGUAUCUCAACAUGCUGAUCCUACCCCGGCAACGUCUGCUGGCCAGCAAAAUCCUGCCGCAUCGUCGGUCGUUCUUGACUGGAACAGCUUCUUCCGUCUGCGCACCUCUCGCCGCUACUACUCCCUCGCCUCCUCCCUUUUUGGCCUCCUUGCCAGUGCAACAGGAACGUUCUACUUCCUCGUCCAAUUCCCGGACCAGUCCGAGUACGUUGUUAAGCUGAUCCCACUGGACCCCAUCCUCAGCACUGGCAUCGCAGUGAGUGUUGCCAUGUUCGCCGGCUGGCUACUCGGUCCCAUCUUCGGCAAUGGACUCUGGAGGAUGCUUUACCGGAAACGUAUGCCUGAGUUCACCAUCAAAGAGAGGGCAUUUUUCGACCGCAUAAAGAAGCAUCGUGUUAAUCCCAGCGGUGCAAGUACCAACAAUCCUGUCCCAGACUUUUAUGGCGAAAAGAUUGGAAGCGUGUCGGGCUACAGGCGAUGGUUGAAGGAUCAGAGGGCUUUCAACAGGAAGAGAGGAGGAAAUUAUACUGGGGCAUGA